AUGACUAAAUCAGUUAAAAACCAUUUCGAUGGUUAAGCGUGUUUUGCCAUUUUCAAUAAAAGAUAUGUCCAGAUUUAUAAUUGGUCUCUUUACAUGCCUAACAACCUUCGUGGUUACUUACGCUCAAGUGGAGCUCAAGGAUGAGGAUUACAACAAGACUUGGAUGUAUAUGCCGAACGGCAAUGGAGAGAUGGAAGUAGCUUACCUGGUUGAGCCACCCGCCGAGCAUGACCGUAGUGAAGUUUCUGAAUUCAUACAAUUUGAAUAUUAUGGCAGCACAAAUCCGAACAAACCAUUGACCACGUCAUUUUCAUUGCUUGACAAUCCGAUUACACUACGAAAACGCCAAAAACGCGAGACGUGGGAAGAGCUCGCCGAUAGAUUUAAAGCUGAUUUGAAUACGAAAAUUCUGGUACACGGUUGGAAAUCAAGCUCACGCAGCAACUCCAUACAAGCUAUACGUAAUGCAUACACCGAGCGUGGUAAUGUAAAUGUAUUCGCUAUAAAUUGGAGCGAUCAAGCGGAUAAUAUAUACUACCUUGAGCCAGCACGUUACACUGUGCAAGUGGGUAGGGCAGUGGCUAAACUGAUUGAUUUGUUGGUGGAGGACAAAGGUGCCGAACCGCAGAGUAUACAUUUGGUAGGACACAGUUUGGGCGCACACAUUAUGGGUUAUGCAGGCUCAUAUUCACGUUACCGUGUGGGACGUAUUACGGGCUUGGAUCCGGCACGUCCCGCUUUUGAGGGCAACACAGGUCCAGAGAAUCAUCUGGAUCCAACUGAUGCGGAAUUCGUUGAUGUCAUACACACAUGUGCGGGUAUUUUGGGUUUCAAACAACCAAUCGGUGCUGUGGACUUUUAUCCGAAUGGCGGUGGCGCUUUCCAACCGGGCUGCAAUCAGCCAAUGCAGAUAUUGACUGGCUGCAGCCAUGGUCGUUCAUGUGAAUAUUUUGCCGAGUCCAUCAAUAGCGAAAGAGGCUUCUUAGCGACCGCCUGUAAUUCCAUAGUCGAUGCGAAUGCGAUGAAUUGUACGGGUGAACGCAUGCUGAUGGGAGAUCCGGUAUUGAAGAAUGCACGUGGAAUUUAUUCUCUGAAAACGGCUGAUAAACCAAAUUUUGCGCUUGGGAUGGAGGGUUGAAGUUUAAAAAAAAAUUAAAUUUAAGCAAAUCUUAAGCAGCAA